AUGCUCCUGUCACCGGGCGGCGCUAGUGCCUUCCACUUCCUUCCACCGCGGCCGCCAACAGCGACAGCAGCAGCAGCGGCAGCAGCAGGAGGAGGACUCGCGCCUCUUGCGUGUCGACGCGACGUGCCCCCGGUGCUAGCGUCAGCUGCAGGACGGUGUGAAAAUCGCUGUGGUUGGCGCAACAACAAUCGCGCUCCGCGGCGGCUUCGACGUCCAUGCUCCAUGCGGGCCGGCGACGGCGGCGUUUGCAGCGGCGGCAAUGGCUGUGGCCGCCCACGUGCAGCGGUAGCCAUACGCAGCAGAAGAACAGGUGACGGCGGAGGCGUUGUGGCUCUCCGUUGCUCUUCACAAAAGGUGUUGUCUUCCACCGUGGACACGCAGGUGGGGGGUGAAAACUCGUAUUUAUACCCUGCCCCUUACACGGUGGUGACCGCGUGGCGCUACGAAGGCUCGGCGGUCGACGUCCCGUGGCGAUCCCUCGGCGACAUGCUCUUCGAGAUGGGGGCCUGCUGGUGCUCGGUAUACGUCGGAGAAGAAGAAGAAGACGAAGGGUUAGAGAGACAAGGCCACCGAGAUCAAGGGCCGGGGGAGGCGGAGGCGGUGCAAUGGGGCCGAGGAGCGAUGCUGACGUUCGCCCUGGAGGAAGGAAGAGGAGGGGAUGUUGGUGCCGUGCUGGAGGCGGCUUGUUCUCUUGCCGGCGGUUCUGACGACUGCUUCGGCUCCUUGGAUUGGGAGGAAGGGCCGGUGGAGUGCUUCCACCAGUGGGAGGCCACUCGGUCGUCGGAAGGGUUCGACACCGUCACGAUGCGGAGGCUCCAGAUAUCGGCCGUGCAGCGGCGGGAAAAGCAGGUCGCGAGCCCGAGGGGGCUCCGCAGCGUCAAGCUGCUGGAGGGGCAGGGGUGGGGCGACGGGGAACACCCGAGCACGUGGAUGUGCCUCGAUUUCCUCGAGAGCGCGGUUGAAGGAAAAAAUUCGAAAAAGCGUCCUCGGAUCUUGCUGAUGGAAAAUCGACCAACCAAUGAAAUUGCACGGAACCGUCGGAGCNCGGCGGCGGCAGCGAGGUUGAACCUGGCUCUCUUCCACAAUUUUCUUACUUUUGACCAACUCCCCCUUCGUUUCCUCCAGCCUUCUCUCUACGACGGUGAGGCUGCCGCGUUCGAUAGCGCGCCGCGUGUUAUCUUCUGCUGACGCGGCAACCAUACACUGCCCCGUCCUCUGUUCACACUUCGUUUUGUUUUGAUUCAGCUUUCGCGCAGCGCGCCUCCUGCUGCCGAACGGCGCGGAUCUCGAUUUUUUUUUUUUAGGACGGUCUG